CAGAUUGGAGAGAUGACAAUCCGAGCAGGAAAAGGAUGAGGAUGGCGCAGAACCGAGGUUUGAUGUUGACCUCCCCAACGAGAUUAGGAAGGACGAACUCAACACCCCCGCAACAAUGUGCAGGUAAACCUCCAGUUGAUUGGACUCCCUUUAAUCGGCCGAGGUCACAAAUUUUUGUGCAGAUCAAGAAUAAGAUGGAUUUAAGGCGUCCUGGCCCAAUGAAAACUGCUGCUGCUAGUCGAGACCACACCAGAUAUUGCGAUUUUCAUCAAGAUCACGGACAUACUACAGAGCAGUGCAACAGCUUAAAGUCUGAACUGGAAAGUUUAGCUCAGAAGGGAAUGCUAAAUGAGUAUGUUCAGAGAGCUGAACAGCCGAGGUUUAUCAAAGAACAGAGGCCGCAGCCCCAAGGAGUCUGCAAUCCCCCAAAUAGGCAAGGUGUGGGAUAUCAGCAAGCCCCACCUCAGCUCCCACCACCAGCCAGAAUCAUACACAUGAUUACGGGAGGCCUUAAAGCAGCCCAUUACUUUCACACUGCUGAUCUCGAUACAGUUGUUACACCCCACAAUGAUCCCUUGGUCACUUCUGUCAUGAUUAAUAACUGUGAAGUACAGCAUGUCCUUGUUGACACCGGGAGUACACCAGAUAUCAUGUACUUCCACUGUUUCGAGAGUCUGGGACUGGAUCCAGCAUUGUUGCAGAAAUAUGAUGGUCCUAUCUAUGGCUUCAACAACCAGCCUGUUCCGGUAGAAGGAGUUUUUACCCUCCAUGUGGCUUUUGGGAGUGGCAGGACCUAUGUGACUCCUUCAGUCCGAUUCCUCGUAGUCAAAAUGGCGUCCUCUUUCAACAUUGUUAUUGGCCGACCCACACUGACUGAAAUCCGAGCUGUGGUUUCCCAGUCUCACCUCUGUAUGAAGUUCCCAACUCCUACGGGAAUAACAACACUACGAGGAAACCAGGAGGUGGCUAGACAUAAUUAUAUCACCUCCGUAACACAACCUAUGAAGGGCAAAGAUCCGACACCCGAGGCCAUUCCCCAACCAAUUUCUGAUAAUCAGCAAGUUAUGGGCGUUGAGAUCGUCGAUAAUCGCCCGGAAGAUGAAACCAGAGUUGCUCCGAUCGAAGAUGUUGAAGAGCUUAGCACCAAUCCAUUGAAGAAACCAGUGGCCCAAAAGCGGCGUCUCUUCGGGGGGGAGAGGCUUCAGGUUAUUAAAGAAGAGGUAGAGAAACUUUUACAAGAUGGUUUCGUCAGGAAAGUUGAUUACUGCGAAUGGGUGGCUAACCCAGUCUUGGUGAAGAAGGCAAACGGUAAAUGGCGAAUGUGCAUUGAUUACACAAAUCUUAACCAAGCCUGCCCCAAGGAUUGCUAUCCGAUGCCGAGCAUUGACAAGUUAGUUGAAGCGGCUUUAGGCAAUGAGAGGUUAAGCCUCUUGGAUGCAUAUUCUGGGUAUCACCAGGUGCCGAUGGCUCCCAAAGACGAAGAGAAAACCUCGUUCUAUGCUGGCGAUGAAAUCUAUUGCUAUGUCAUGAUGCCAUUUGGCUUAAAGAACGCUGGUGCUACUUAUCAGAAAAUGGUGACCAUUGUCUUCCGAGCUCAGAUUGGCAAGAAUCUGGAGGUGUAUGUCGAUGACAUCGUAAUAAAGAGCCAGAAAGCAGAAGACUAUCUAGCUAAUCUAGACGAAACCUUCAACAACCUCAGAAAAAACAGGAUGUGGUUGAACCCAGCCAAAUGCAUCUUCGGAGUGGAGUCCGGAAAGUUUCUAGGUUUCAUGGUGUCUCGAAGAGGGAUUGAGGUCAAUGCAGAGAAGAUCAGAGUCAUUGCCGAUAUGGAACCGCCAAAAUCAAUUAUGAGGUUGGCCGCCCAGAAGGAUGAAUUAGGAAAACAGAAGAAAUUUGAAUGGAGUUGGGAGUGCCAAACUGCAUUCGACGAGCUGAAGUCUUAUCUUAGCUCGCCACCUCUAUUGACUAAGGCCAUCGAUGGGGAAAUUCUUUAUUUUGUACUGCACGGGGCAGAGCUGAGGUAUCCUAUAGCUGAGAAAGCAGCAUUAGCAGUUGUCACUUCUGCCAGGAAGUUGAGGCCAUAUUUCCAGUCACACCCAAUUAUCGUUCUCACAGAUCAACCUCUCUGGCAGAUUCUGCAGAAACCAGAAUGCUCUAGAAGAUUAAUUAAGUGGGCAGUGGAACUGGGGGAGUUCGAACUAACGUUUCAGCAGAGAUCGGCAAUCCGAGCUCAAGCACUAGCAGAUUUUAUUGUCGAAUGCACCCCAUGUCCUUCAACCUCUAAUCCAGAGUCCAACGACUGGACCUUAUAUGUUGACGGGGCAUUUAGCAGCAAAGGUUCGGGAGCGGGCGCUCUCUUAAUCGGCCCAGAGGGUUAUCGAAGCGAACAUGCUUUAAAAUUCAACUUUGAUGCAACAAAUAACAUGGCUGAGUAUGAAGCUCUGCUACUUGGCCUACAGUUAGCAUUAGAGUUAAAAAUCAGCGUAAUUCAAGUAUACAGUGACUCCCAAUUGGUAGUAAACCAAAUCAACUCAAUCUGCGAAGUCGUUGAUCCUGUGAUGGUGAAAUAUGCGGCCUUGGUGGCCAAGCUAAAAUGCAAAUUCCAGAAAUUCUGUCUGAGCAAAAUCCCCCGAACUGAGAAUGAACAGGCAAAUUCACUCUCCAAGUUUGCCUCUGAUAGCUCUUUAAGUUCCAGAUCUGUUUUUGUCAAGAUGCUAGAUGAACCAAGCUUCAUAAAGCCUCGGGUGAUGGAGAUUAGCACAAACCCUGACACGCUGAGCUGGACUAAUUCAACCAUCUCCUUUUUGCGAGAUGGGAUAGCACCUGAGGAUAGGCAGGAGGCAAUGAAGUUGAGAAAGAAAGCAUCUCGAUAUACACUCGUUGAUGGGGUCCUAUAUAAGAGAUCUUUCUCACUUCCUCUUCUGCGGUGUUUGAAUCCCUAUGAAGCUGAAUAUGCACUUCGAGAGAAAUACACGAAAUGUCAAUUCUUUGCACAUCUGACUCACCAACCAGCAGAGGAGCUCACGAACUUGGUAGCACCAUGGCCAUUUGCUCAGUGGGGACUGGAUCUUUUAGGCCCGUUCAUAAAAGGGGUCGGUGGUAUAACCCAUCUGGUUGUUGGUGUGGAUUAUUUUACAAAGUGGGUUGAAGCUCGGCCUUUAUCUAGUCUUACUUCCAAGAAGGUCGAAGAUUUUGUUUUCAGCUCGAUAAUCUGCAGAUAUGCGAUCCCGAAUCAGAUUGUGGCCGAUAAUGGAACUCAAUUCAAUUGCUCCUCAUUCCAAGAUUUAUGUUCCAGUUAUGGGAUCAAGUUACAAUUCACCUCCGUUUAUCAUCCGGAGUCCAAUGGUAUGGUUGAAUCUGUUAACAAAUGCAUUUUGGACGGUGAAACACCCUACCACUUAGCCUUUGGCACCGAAGCAGUCAUUCCUGUUGAAAUAGGAGUCCCAAGCUUUCGGGUCACCCAUUUCGAUGAAGGACGAAAUGGACAAAUGCUUCGGGAAAACCUUGAUCUGCUUGCCGAAGUCAGAGAAGAAGCUCGGCUUCGAACUCUUGUAUACAAGCAGAAACUAGCCAAUUUCUACAAUAAACGGGUCCGCCCUCGAACAUUCAACGUAGGAGACCUUGUUCUCAGAAAAGCUGGCCUAACAGGGUUUUAAACUCGUUUUGGCAAACUCACCAUGAAUUGGGAAGGCCCUUAUGCCGUGGCCGAGGUGCCAUAUCCUGGUGCCAUAUCCUGGUGCCUAUGUCCUCCAAGACACUGAAGGAAAGAGAGUUCCUAGAGUCUGGAAUGUCAAUAACUUGAAGAAAUUUUACCCCUAAUAAAAUUCUUUCAAGUGAUCUAUGUCUUACUGUUCUUUACACUUCUCACUUCGUGUUUGGUGAGAUUUUUUUACCUCUUAUUCUAUGUACCUGAGGUCAAUUAGUUCUUUCAUUCCUUGAAACCUCACCUCUGAUUAAUAAAUGUCAUUUCACAUA